GAUCAUGCUCAAGUCUCCGCGUAUAUUAAAAACAAAUACUCUACAAACCCAACACAAUCUCUUUUGUAUUCAUAAAUAAAACUAGAGAUUGUCGCCUUUAUAAAUUAUGAUAUAAUGUAUAUGCUCUUUAUGUGUAACGUGUAAUAUAAAUACAGUAAUUACGACCUAACUAAUCUAAGUGAAUAAUACAUAUACAUACAUACGUGUUUUCCUAAGAUAUAUAUAUCUAAGUCUAAGCUGGCUAAACUCUUUUUAGAGCAUGAUUAAUGGGGAGUUAUUAUAGUGGGAUUCUUAGCGAAAUAUAAGAAAUCGUCUCUUAACUUAUAACUAAAAAAUUUAAGAACCGGUUCUUAGAUAAGAUAUUUAAGAGCCGGUUCUUAAUUUUUUAUUUAAAAGUUAAGAGAUGGUUUCUUAUAUUUUGCUAAAAACUCCACCCUAAAAACCCCCAUUAAUCAUACUUUUACAUCUUUUGUUUCGAGUCAAGACUCCACGUUGCAAGAAUUAAUCAAAAUAUGUUGUCUUUUAUUUUAUAAUGAAUUUAAUAUAUAUUAUUUAGGGCCUGACUGGUGUAACCACUGCGGUUGCGGAAGUUUGCGGAUGCAGAUGGUUGCGGUUUUAAGCAGUUUUAAGAGAUUUGUAUAACUAGUAUUGCGGUUAGAAAUUGGUGCAUUUGCGGGAUAUUUAUGAUUAGUAAACCACCAAAUACAACAUCGGUUAAAUAAUAAAUUAAUAAUAUUUAUAUUUUAUAUAAUUAUAAAAAUUUUAAACAACAAAAUAUUAUAAUAAAUAUAAAAAUUAUAUUUUGAAAUUUUAAAAAAUUAUAGAAAAUAUUUUUAUUUUACAAAUUUAUAAUAUAAAUUAAAAUAUAAUAGAUAUAUUUUAUUAUUUCAAUUUAAAAUUUUUAUUUUUAUUUAUAUUGUUUUUUAAAAAGGAAAAAAAAAUUACCUUCCCGCAACCGCUAACUGAAACAAGCUUUUGAAUUUAAGAGUUUACAACGGUUUGAAACGGUUUAGAGCAGUUUGAAUGAUUGUUGCAAAACGCCAACAACUGAAACCAACCGCAAAAGUUGCUUUUGCGGGUGGUAGCGGAGAAACUAGUCAUGCUCUUAGAUGUCAAGUUUUGAUCAAUGAUCAAUCUAUCUGUUACAAUAGUUUUAGUAUGUAACUACAUUCAUUUUAUAUUUAAUAUAAGUUUUGAACAUAAUAAUUUACGAUAAUGUUAAUAUAAGUUUUGAACAUAAUAAUUUUACGAUAAUGUUAGUGUUAAUUUUGAACAUAAUAAUUUUACGAUAGUAAAGACACUUUCCCUUUUAAUAUAAGCUUUGCAUAAAUCAAUGGAGUUUUCUCAAUUUUAGUUUUUUGGUGGUUGUAAGAAUAUAUCAGUCGAGGUAAAUCCAACACCACUUCGUUGUUUUCAAUCUGAGAAACUUGAUUCUGAUGCCAAAUCUAUCAGCUCUUAAAAGGAUGAGUGAAGAUUUAUUCUCAUACAAAAGGCGUAUGUGCGUAACCAAAGAAGAAAAAUGUCGAUUAAGAAUAAGUUUUCGAAAGAGGAGAAACUAAAGUAAACGAAAUCAUGCGGAAACAAAAACCCGAAGUACGGACAAGCUGGAAAUUUACACCAAAAAGAUCAACACCAAAAAAAUUUGAAGCUAAAUAAAUAUUUCUUAUUUAAAACAGGGUCAAUUCAAAAUAUAUCAUAAUCCAAUAACAUAACAAUAUAAAAAAUAAAAACUUAUAGAUAGUUAUAUACAGUAGACGUUUCUUCAUUAACUCAGAUCAAUCAUAAAACAAACUCCCAACUAAACAUAAAUCGUAAAACAAAUCUCUAACUAAAAAUCCUGUGAAAUAAACUCUCAUCUUCAUGUCCGUUUACUUUUUCGCCCCUCCGUAAUUUUUGUCGUCAACAGUAGACGUUUUUCUGUUAAAACAAAACGCUCCGUUUCAUUUAAAGGGAAAACGACGACAUGUUUGCUCAAAACAACACGAAGUCUAUUUUAAACGACACAAAGUUGGUAAACACAUCACUAUUAUCGGGAAGUAAUCUUAAUUUCCCCCAAUUCACCUCUUUCACUCGACGAACCCUAAUCUUCAAAUCGAAGAGAUGAAUCUGUGACUGCUGGGUGUGCGUUUCAGUGCGAGAAUCGUGUUGCAGAGAAUGAAUUUUCCAAGCCCAAGUUGGAGGAUAUUAGGCUUUAGAUGGAUCUUACAAUGGUGGUCGGACUAAGUGUUGUCGAGUGUAUUUCAGAAGACCAACACUUGAAAUGCUGAAAAAUGUCGUCUUAACAAAUGGCUAUGCAGAGAACAUGUGUAAGUUUUCUUACAUCCCUCGUCGAGCUGUUGGGGCGGAUCGUGUAGACUUGGUAUCUGAUAGCGAUGUAGAAAACAUGAUUAGAGGUUCAAAUGAGGUGGAUAGUAUGAAUAUAUAUGUCAUUAGGGAAGACGAUCCAUGUUUAGAUGAUGUUCUUGUGGGAUAUUUAUAUGCAGAGGAGGAGGAAGAAGAGAGUGAGGAAGAGUCCUGUGAUUUUUAUAAAAAUGAUUAUGUUGAGAGUGAUGGGUUUGAUGAUGAUGAAGAUCGCAGAAUUGAGUUAUAUGUAGGUCAACAGUUUGUGUCGAAAGAAAAAUGCAGAGAGACGAUCCAGAAGUAUGAUAUCAAAGAGAAGGUUAACAUACAUUUCAAAAAAUUUGAAAAGAAGAAGUUAGCUGCAAUAUGUGAGCAAGAGAAUUGCAAAUGGAGAUUAUAUGGUUCCAUUAACAGCCAAUCAGACAAGAUGGUUAUUAGAUCACACAUAGAAACCCACAGUUGUAACCCUAUAGGUGUUGUUGACCUAUAUAGCGCACCAAAGAUAGCUGCAGAUUUUCUAAAUGAGUUCAGGCAGAACUCGAAGCUUUCUGCAGAGUUGAUAAUGCAAAGGUUGGCUUUAAUAGGUCUUCGGGUUACAAAGACCAAGUAUCAAAGUGCUAGGCAGAUUCUGAAAUAUAUCAUAAGUGAUUAGUAUGCGGAGCAGUUUACAAGACUGUAUGAUUAUGUUGAGGAGUUAAAGAAGACCAAUGCUGGUUCUAUGGUUAUUUUAGGAUCGAAGGACAGAGUUUUUUGAGAAGGUUUACACAUGCUUUGAGUCGCAGAAAAUAGGUUGGAAGAGUGCAUGUCGUCGUGUGAUUCAUUUAGAUGGAACUUUUUUAAAAGGACGCAUGAAAGGGAUAUUGUUAACUGCAGUGGAAAGGGAUCCUAAUGAUGCCGCAUAUGUCAUCGCUUGGGCUAUUGUACCGGUUGAGAACAAGGUCUACUGGCAAUGGUUUAUGGAGUUGUUGCGGGAAAAUUUAGGAUUAGAGGAAGGAAACGCUCUUGCACUGUCUUCAGAUCAGCAGAAAGAACUUGCAUACGCCGUCAAAACCGUAAUGUGUGCAAGGCACAUUUUUUCUAACUUGCGAAAGAGAUAUAAGCAGAUGGGUCCUCUUCACAAGGUGUUUUGGAAGUGCGCCCGAGCCUACAAUGAAAAUGCUUUUCAACAAACUGGACACAAUAAACGAAAAUGUAAACUCGAUCUUGUUCCUAAGCCACCUAAAUUGCCUCGUGGAAGAACUUUCAAGAACUCAAAGGCAACAACCCAAAGUCCUCUAACUGAUGAACCUUGAUCUGUUUUUAAUGUUAUUAAGUAUCUAUGUGACAAUUUGGUUAUGUCUUUGUAACAACUCUCCUAUUUAGGAUGAUGAGAUUUUAUAUCUAUGCUACUGCUUAUGGUUUCACUGAUGUGCAACAAGUACAAGAAAUAUAUUAGUUAACACAAACUCAUGUUAUAACCAUCCAAAAAAAACACAAAAGUCAGAAACAACAACAAUAGGACUAUCAUAAACUCAUGUCAUAAUCAUCCAAAAACAACACAAAAGUCAGAAACAACAACAUAAUCAGAAAAGUCAUAAACAACAGCAUAAUCAGAAAAGUCAUAAACAACAACAUAAUCUUGGACUAAACCGUCUAAAGACUACAUAUUUAUUUUGCCUGACAACAACUAAUACAUCUAAGACUUCAUCCUAAGACACUCGAUCAGGCCUACGAUCUCACUUAUGUCUUUCUUCAUAUCAGCUAAGUCUGAUUUUAUGUGCCAAAUCUUGCACCAUCAUCUCCAGUUUGUUUGCCACAACUACAAACUCUUCAUCAUGUGCUUCAUCAAGUCAUUAGAAAUAUGGUUUUGACCCGAAUUUGCUCCACAUCGAUAAAACCUUCUUCCCGGAUUCCUUGCGGUAUUUGACAUUAUUAUUAACAAAAUAAUAGCAGCUCCACAGUCGCACCUCCUUGAAUUCCAUGCUCUAGAUCCAUCGAAUUCUACCUCAGAACACACAAAAAUAAUUCAAACUCGACCAAAGCCAAAACACAAAAUGCUCAAAUCGAUUUUACAGAAUCAAGUAAAAAAACAAUAUAUGAUCUCGGUUUGACGAAAGAAACUUACAAUUGGUCCUCUCUUCUCACACUUGCACUUUUGAAGAACCAUAAUUUUCAGAUUUGGGGGGUUUUUGGAAUGAGUUGUGAUUUUAACUUCUGUGAGGAAAUAUGUCGACGUUUUCUCUUUAAAUGAAACGGGGCGUUUUGCUUUAACAGAUAAACGUGAUUAGUUCACGACAAAGGUUACGGAAGGGCGAAAAAAUUAACGGACAUAAAGAUGAGGGUUUAUUUCACAGAAUUUUUAGAUGGGGGUUUGUUUUACGAUUCAUUUUUAGUUGAUGGUUUAAAUCAAUAAAAAUCCUAUUUAUUUAGGUACUUCUCCAACAUAAGAGUACUGUUACAGAUGUUAAAAUUGUAAAAGUGUACUGUGUGACUUUCUUUCCAAGUUCUUUGCACUUGCACAUAUGCUAAAUAAAUAUGUGGGCCAAUUCAAAAUAUAUCAUAAUCCAAUAACAUAACAAUAUAAAAAAUAAACACUUAUACAUAGUUGUAUAGAAUUUUUUGUAUUCAUAAAUUAAGAAUUAUUAUAUAUUUUUAUAUAAAGUUUAUAACCAUACACAUAACAUUAUACUGUUUAUUUUUCAAUUUAAAAUUUGUCUCUGGUUUGUCCUUUUUUGUUUCAACAUUUUAUUGCUAUUUAUUUAUCAAAUUUAUCUUAUUACAACAUAAAAAUUAUAUGAAAAUUAGCCUUUAGUUGACAUAUGAUUUACGAUUUGUACCAUUGAUCUUUAUCUAUUUUAGUUUUUUAUUAAAAUAAAUCAAAUCGAUUUUAAUUAAGGGGGAUUUGCCUAAACCUACUAUCUAAGAAUACCAAACCGAAAUUACUUCCCGGCCCAAACAUUAUAAACCGAUCAAUUUGAUUGCAUCCUCUGAACCGGCAAUAUUCACAUCGUCUUCACCAAAUUACCCAGUGCUCUUCGCCGUCGACGACGAUGAGCCGAUCACGAGGUAUCUUCUCGAUUCUCAGGAAGGUCCAUCAACCAUCGUCUCGUAAAUGUCUACGUACAAACUCUAUCUCUUCUUCCUCUUCGUCAAGCUUAGGAUUCCGAGCCACGAACAAGGAGCUAAACCAGAUGAUAAGAUCAGGAUACAUCGCCGAAGCUAGAAAGAUAUUCGAAAAGCUGGAGGCGAGGAACACAGUGACGUGGAACACAAUGAUUAGCGGAUACGUAAAGAGGAGAGAAAUGACUAAUGCGCGGAAGCUGUUCGACGAAAUGCCUCAGAGAGAUGUCGUCACUUGGAACGCUAUGAUCUCUGGCUACGUUUCUUGCGGGUUUCUCGAGGAAGCGAGGAAGCUGUUCGAUGAAAUGCUUAAAAGAGAUUCCUUUACGUGGAACACGAUGAUAAGCGGUUACGCUAAGAAUCGAAGAAUAGGUGAAGCUCUGUUGCUGUUCGAGAGAAUGCCUAUGAGAAACGCUGUUUCUUGGAGUGCUAUGAUCAGUGGGUUUUGCCACAACGGUGAAGUGAGUCGCGGGGUUGAGUUGUUUAUGAGAAUGCCUGAGAAGGAUUCAGCUUGUUUAUGCGCGCUUGUGUCUGGUUUGAUUAAGAACGAGAAGCUGGAGGAAGCUGCGAAUGUUUUAACUCAAUAUGGUUGUGUAGAUUCCGGUAAGGAAGAUUUGGUGUUUGCUUACAACACAUUGGUUGUAGGGUAUGGACAGAGAGGACAAGUGGAAGCAGCUCGGCGUGUGUUUGAUCAGAUUCCUGAUAUUUGUAGAAACUACGUCUCGUGGAACUCGAUGAUCAAAGCCUACUUGAAAGCAGGUGACGUGGUCUCUGCGCGGUUGCUGUUUGAUCAGAUGAGAGACAGAGAUACUAUUUCUUGGAACACGAUGAUCGAUGGGUAUGUGCACGUAUCUAAGAUGGAUGAGGCUUUGUGUUUGUUCUCGGAAAUGCCAAACAGAGAUACGCAUUCUUGGAACAUGAUGGUGUCUGGUUACGCUAGCGUUGGCGAUGUGGAGCUAUCUCGUGACUACUUUGAGAGAACGCCUGAGAAAAACAUUGUCUCGUGGAACUCGAUCAUAGCAGCUUAUGAGAAGUACAAGGACUAUAAAGAAGCUGUUGAAGUUUUUAUACGGAUGAACACUGAAGGAGAGAAGCCUGACCCUCAUACUCUAACUUCUCUCCUAAGCGUAUCAACAGGGCUUGUGAAUCUGCGGUUAGGAAUGCAGAUGCACCAAAUCGUCCUCAAGAGUGUGAUCCCUGACGUGCCGGUUCACAACGCUCUUAUCACUAUGUAUUCGAGAUGCGGAGAUAUAACGGAUUCGAGGAGAAUCUUCGAUGAAAUGAGAGUUAAAAGAGAAGUAAUCACAUGGAAUGCGAUGAUAGGAGGGUAUGCUUUUCACGGUAACUCUUCAGAAGCUUUGAACCUGUUCUGGUCAAUGAAAAGCAAUGGGAUACAUCCUUCUCAUAUAACAUUUGUCUCGGUUCUGAACGCUUGUGCUCACGCGGGACUCGUCGAUGAGGCUAGAGCACAGUUUAUGUCCAUGGUAAACGAGUACAAGAUCCAACCGCAGAUGGAACAUUAUUCUUCGCUGGUGGAUGUAAUCAGUAGACAAGGGCGGUUUGAGGAGGCCAUGGGUGUGAUAAAGAGUAUGCCUUUUGAGCCAGACAAGACGGUGUGGGGUGCAGUGUUGGAUGCUUGUAGGAUUUAUAACAAUGUUGGGCUUGCACAUGCUGCAGCUGAAGCAAUGUCGAGACUUGAACCAGAGAGCUCGACACCUUAUGUAUUGUUGUAUAACAUGUAUGCUGACAUGGGACUAUGGGACGAAGCUUCUCAAGUGAGAAUGAGGAUGGAGAGUAAAAGGAUUAAGAAGGAAAGAGCAUCAAGUUGGGUAUGAUGAUCAAGAACUAAGAGAAGCAUAAAACUUCUUCUCUACACCCAGAGAACAGAGGACGAAGGGUAUGAUGAUCAAGAACUAAGAGACGGUAUCAGUGUCUCUAUCCUUUUAGGUACUCAUAGUCAUAGGUUCCCAAACGGCGUCGUUGAGGCUGUGGAAGAGUCACCUCCUGAAUGACCCAUGAUUCUUGUUCGAUUUUGGCAGCCAUUAAAAUUACUGGUGCCUUCUUACAUAAUCUAUAUAGUUUCUGCUUCAUCCCAUCUUCCAAAUUGUUUGCCGGUCAAAAGAGUAAACCUUUUUGUGUGUUCUCUUAGUAUAAGAUGAAUUAAAAAAUUAUCGUAACUGACUA